AUGACUUCGCCUCUCAUUAACGAUAGGCCCUCCUCGCCACCAACAGCUCCACGGCGCAAACCCGUCCCAGGUAGAGGCUUUCCGAAGACUCGGCGCGGCUGCUUCAAUUGCAAGCGGCGUCGUGUCAAGUGUUCUGAGCACCGGCCCGAGUGUCAAGGCUGUCGCCGCAUGCGCUUACCAUGCGUUUAUCCCGCAGCUGUCUUGCCUGAUCCUCAGACAGUUCCUUCUGCGACUACAGUAAAAGUAUGCCUCGAUCAUCUUCGGUUUUUCCAUCAUUUCCUCGCCGAAGCAUAUCCACCGCAUCCGUAUGGUGCCUCGGCUGUGUGGCAAGAUGUGGCUGCGCUCUCACACAAGUAUGAGUUCCUGGCCUCAAGCAUACUAGCUCUUGCUGCUCAGCACCUGACUGUGUCCAAUAAAGCCGACUACUCUGUACAAGCUCUAAAUCUCAGAAUCUCAGCUAUCAGAGGCUUAAAUGAUGCCCUAUCGCAACCUUGUCAUACCGCAGCCGAUUCAGACGCCCGUUAUGCUGCAAUCAUCGGCCUCACCUUCCAGUCUACCUACAUGCCAGACGGCUUGAUGGAGUUUAUAGCCAUGAUGCGUGGAUGGAUGCUCAUCUCUACUACUCUGGUAACUGACCAUCGGACAUCCAUGUUCCGUCAAUUCACGCGCGAGUCGUGGGUUGGAAGUAUGGAGAAGUAUAUGGAGGAGCAGCACGGAGUUACUGAUGAUAUAGUAAUUGAAGACUUCCUCGCAUCCCUUAGAAUACUUCAACCAUUACUUCGAGGACACGCUGAGCUGCAGUAUCUCUCAAGACUAGAGAGAUUAGCUUUACUGAGCAAAACAUCACCACGAGAUGUAACAGCGCUCUUGGAAAUGGUAUUCUGCUACGCUCUGACGAAUAAGAUGACCGAUGAAGACUACGCCAGCUUCACAGACCCUUCCAACUACGGAGCCCAGAUCCUUCUUGCGCACUUCUUGGUGUUAAACCAUAUGCUAGAAGAAUGCUUUCUUGGCACUAGGAGCAGGCGUUUCUCUUUUUUUAAGAACAUCACCCAGUCCUGGAUCUUGAAUAUCGGGAGACGUUUGCCUGACGGGUUACAGAGAUACAUGAUGUGGCCUUUGGGUCAGGCAAGAGAUCUUGCUGUUUAGACUCGGUUGAGAUGUUUCAAAGGGCUAUAGAACUGAAGGACGAGGUGAAUUGGGAAAAAAUCAAACGCAGCCUCCU